AUGCCUUCUUUUAGUAAUGUUAUUAGAGGGCCUUCUUCUUCGAAUAAUAAUUCUCAAAUAAAUAAUGAAGAAGAAAAUAAUAACAAUAAUUCUUGUGUUCUUCUUCCCCCUCCUCCACCACCUCCACCUGUUAAUAUGCCUAAAAUACCUCCAGUCAACAAUAAUUCUUUAAAGAACCCUUCAACCCCUACUCCCUCUCCAAAUAAAGGAGAAGAUAACCGAAAAAAGAUGUUAGCAGAAAUUCGUCUUGGAGUAGCUUUAAGACAUGUAGAUACUGUUGAUAAAGGAGCACCAGCAAUUGAAUUGGACGAAAAUGAACGUCAACAAUUAUUGAGAGCUACAACACCUAAUGAUUCUCUUGAUAGCCAAGGUAAAAGUCCAAGUCCUUCUUCCCUAACUACAACAACAUCAAGUAGCAAUUCCUCUUCUCCUUCCCAAUAUUUACAACCAAAUAUUAAUGGACAAAAUCAACAAAAUUCACGUUCACCUUCACCUCUUAUUAAUCAACAACAACCUAAAAAACAAUGGAAAUGGGCUGAAGUUAAAACAGAAGCAGAAAAAAGAGAAGAAGCAAUUACACAUGGAAGGCAAAAUAGUGACUACCAAUUUGAUGAUAAAAAACAAAUAGAAGAACGACAAAAAGAAGUUGCUGCCCUUUCUGGCACUGGAGGGGCUCAAUCAAAAAUUGCCGCUUUUAAGCAGUUACAGGCUUCUAGUAGCCCUUCUUCGGCAUAUUGUACAUUACCUAGAAUAUCAAAAAAUGGAGUUGGGGCAAAAUGGGAACAAAAACAAGAAAAUGGAAAAGUUGACGGUACAAAGACAAUUAAUGGUUCAACAACAACAACAAAAAAUAAUUAUAAUUUAAAUUCUAAUGGAAUAUCUAAAACAAACGGCCACCACCCUCCUCCUCCUCCUCCUUCCCUCCAACAACAACAAAAUAAACAACCUCAAAAAAUUACCCCCCAAAAUUUAAAAAAACAAGUUCAACAACAACAGCAACAAACAAAAACAAACGAAAAUAAUAUUUCCAAAACUUCGAGUUUAGCAGAAAAAUGGCAAAAACAACAAGAAACCCAGAAACCCAAAAUAAAUAAACCUGCAUUUAUUCAAUGCCAAACAUUACAAAGGUCUAACAGGUAA